ACGUAUAUUCACGGGGAACUGAAGCUAAGCGCGCCGCGGCGUGUUCUACGCGCUGGUUACGCGUGAAGGGAAAUUAAAAACAAAGUAAGAAAAGGACGGGGAAAACGUCGUUCCGCCUGCCGUCGUUCGCCGUUCGCGAUGCGAGUAAGCGAGCACGGUCAAACGCGAGCGUUAUAGUGAUCGCGCGGUGUUUAACCGUCACCCGCGGAGACAGUGUUGUGUGACAGUGAGAACGCGUUUGAAACGCGUGCGUGUGGUGCGUGUCUCUCCUCUCCUGUCCAACAUCUAAGCGUUCGUAUCGGCGAGUUCCCAAGUGUGCGAAUGUGAGACGGAUUCCGUGUACGUGCGCGAGCGAGCGAGCGCGCGAGAAAGAGAGAGAGAGAGAGAGAGAGAAAAAGAGCGAACGAGCGAGAGAAAGAGGGUGAAAGAGAGUGAGAGAGAGAGAGGGAGAGAGAGGAGUAAUAUAGAGUUAGCUGUCUGUGUGCGCUGUGCGUGCACGCGGGAUGUUACCGAGUUAUGAGCGUACAAGCGUGCGCGUGUGCGUGUGAGUACUAGAAAGAAACGGAAAGACAGACAGAGAAAGGGAGGAAGAGAGAAAGAAAGACGGGACAGGAAUAGAGAGAGAGAGAGAGGAAAAGAGAAAGGGAACGCUAGCGCGUGCAUGUGUACGUGCGCGCGCGCGUGCGAGCAAUUCCUCCGUGAAUUUUUCUUUUCCCUCGCUGGUGUUGUGUCACCGGCGGGUAAAACGAGAGGCUGAGGACGCUGACGGACGUACGGACGUACGUCGCGAUAUGUCGGAGCACCACCGCGUGGCCGGUGGCUGGGGCACCGCGAGCCCGGGUAACCGAGAGGAUGCCAGCGGCGGUGCCGCCUGGUGGCCCUCGGGCCUGAACGCCGAUCAGCAGCAACAGCAGCAGCAGCAGCAACAACAGCAACAACAAAAUCUACAUCAACAUUUGAUGAAUCAGCAGCAACAGCAGCAGCAGCAGCAGCAGCAACAGCAGCAGCAGCAACAGCUCGCGCAACAACAGCAGCAGCAACAGCAACCGCAACAUCAUCAGGACAACGUCCGAAGUACUGCCGCCGCGGUGAACCAACAGCUCUUCUCCUACAAAAUGGCCUCCAGCUUCCAGAACCCGGCCACCACCGGCGCGAUAUCGAGUCCGGUCUCGACAUCCACGCCGGUCGGCGGCGGCGCCGCGUGCAUGAGGGGUGGAUACGAUUACAGGCUCGGUGCGGCGCCGGGUCCUGGACAAGGCGCCGCCGGUGGCGGUGGUGGCGGCGGUGGCGGUGCGGGUGCGGGUGCCGGUGGCGGCGCCGCCGCCGGCGUACCCGGCACACCUUCCGCACCGCCACCCGGCGUACAGUGGUGGUAUCCAGGCGGAGUCAUGGACGCCGCUGCCGCGCAGAACAACCUGCACCAGCAGUUGCAGGGCCAGCAGCAACAACAGCAGCCACAGCAGCAACACCUCUCGCCCAUUACCACGCAAACGUCCACGCCCCCCGUUAUGUCCCCGAUCUCACAUCCGCACGUAGGUCAACUAGAUUUCCGAUUAUUUCUGCAGCACCCGAUACAGCAGAUACCGCAAAAUAAUCUUCAACAAAAUAACGCUCAGAGUCUGCAGCGGGACAAUAUGCCGAGAGGAAAAGAUUCGAAGCCAAGAGGACGGAUGACAGCGUAUGCGUUCUUCGUCCAGACAUGUCGCCAGGAGCAUAAAAAGAAGCAUCCCGAGGAAAAGAUCGUCUUCCGGGAAUUCUCCAAAAAGUGUGCAAUGAGGUGGAAGACCAUGUCGGACAUCGAGAAGAAGCGUUUCCACGAAAUGGCAGAGAAAGAUAAGAAGAGAUAUGACACGGAGAUGCAGAACUAUACGCCGCCUAAGGGAGAAAAUAAGGGCAGGGGCAAGAAACGCAAACACAUCAAGGAUCAUAAUGCUCCCAAGAGAUCGCUGUCUGCUUUCUUCUGGUUCUGCAAUGACGAGCGCGGUAAGGUCAAAAUGCUGAAUCCUGAAUAUGGCGUAGGUGAUAUAGCUAAGGAAUUAGGCAAGAAAUGGUCGGACGCAGAUCCCGAAACCAAAUCCAAAUACGAGGCUAUGGCAGAGAAGGACAAGGCUCGAUACGAAAGGGAAAUGACUGCGUACAAAAAGAAAAUGCAAAAUGAUGGUGCCCCAAUGGUGGGAGGAGCGCAGGCGAACCAAACUAUAAUAAAAAGCGACAGCGAAGAGGAAUGGAAGGAAGACGACGAAUAGCGGAUGCACGUCGAAAUUUCUUCAUCUAUCACCCCGUGUCCUUCAUCCUGAAAGCAUACCUCACCUACUGUACGUACCAUUGACCUUAGCGUGAGCGUACUUACACCACCAUCACUAGGAGAACAAAGCAACUAACCACCAAGCAACCUACCAAUCAACCUACCAAUCAAGCUCUUCAACAAUCCCCACCAACCAACCUCCUAAUUCUUUCCCCGAUUAUUUACGAUAAUGAUAAAGUAAUCCGCGCUAAUUAUGGUAAUUAUUUUAAAAGGAAAAACUGGUAUGCAUGAGUGAUGCGCGAGCAUGAGCGAGAGAGGAUUAUUUGUGUGCGUGAACAUUUGUACUUUAACAUAUUGAUAGUAACGAUGAUGUAAAGCGGCUAGUAGGAUAGCGGAAGAUAAUAAUGGAAAAAAGAAAUCAGAUUCAUGAGUAAAAAAACAAAAGCGGAAGAGAUAAGAAGACGGCAAGUGCCCAUACUUUCUCUCUCCGGAUGGAAGGUGCAGGGGCUCAAUCAUUGUUGACUUUUUGCUCCGUCGACGCUAUAUUAUAUGUAGCUUAGUUUACUAAUGACGAAACGCCGCGAUAAUGACGGUCCCGCAGCGCGAAGAUCAAAAAUUGUUUUAACACAUUCUUUCAGAUUCAUUUUGAAUUCAUUACGAAGCUCGUCGAUUUUAUAAAUGUUUUUUUUUUAAUUAGUAGCAUUAUAAAUCUAAUUUUUUAAAUAAUUUACAUCUUAUAUUUUUUCCGCAAGUAUGCAUGCAAAUAUUUUUUUGCAAGUAUCGGCACGGGAAAAGUAGAGACCGCUUCCUAGGAUCCUCGUUCUUCAGAGGGGCGCGUCAUGUCGCGGCGUUGCAAAAUUAAUAUACUAUAUUUUGGGGGAUCUUUUUUUAGUUCAGUUCAAUUCAGUUCAGUUCAGUUCAGUUCUGUUCUGUUCACUUGUUGUCAGAGCGUCGUUAUGGCAUUAACACAUAUACACAUACACAGACACGUACAGACAAUUGUUGUAUAUCCUUGUACAGAGAGCUUCAUUUUUUCUUUCGUAUAUUUUUAGCAAAUCGAGCAUAUUGAGCGCGCGUGAUGGGGCAUGGGGCCGCUUUACGCAUAUUUGCGAAUAUAUAAUUGAUUUUAUCGUGGUACACACAUGUCUCUUGUAGUAGCUGUAAGUACGUUUAGAAUUAAGUAUACGUGUAUCUUAACGCAGACUUGAAUUCUCCGGCGACUCUCUACGUCUUUUUUAGCAUAUGAUGAUGUACUUUUUUUCGAUUUUUACACGGCGGUGUUCAAGCCACGAGCCACCACGUGAUUGAGCCUUAAUUACGUAGCCGAUGGACGAUCGCUCCGAUGCGAAUUGGGAGAAACUGUGUGCGAGAGAGAAAGAGAGUGCGCAUGUAUGUAGCUCGCCCGCUUCUCUAUUAGAUCGUUGCAUAUGAGAUGUCAUUUUUCUAAAAAAGUUAACCUCUUUUAAUAAUCAAACCAUAUUUAUGCAUGUUAAUUCUUUUACACAAAAGUAUGCUACAGUAAAUCAUGAUUUGCUUACUUUUUCCAAGUAAUAUACGGGAGAAUUGAUAAAUUUAGCAUAUUAUUUUUGUAUUUUAAACAUAUUUCAAUUGGACAUUAAUAAUAAAUUGUUAAUGUGUUAAUAUUACCAUUACUUAUGCAAUGUCGUGUUAAUUCUAUUUUAUUAUAAUUAUAUAAUUUCUACAUUGGUUACGGAUCCGGAUAUCUUUUUUGAUAAAAUAAGAAUUAAUUUUAAGGAUAACUUAGUAAUGAUUUAUUAUUUAGAUUUAUGCACCUAUAAUGAAUCGUGUGAAAAAAAGUGAAUAAUUGUACACAAAAUUUAACGUCCGGAAUAUAAAGCUGGAAAUACAUAUAUAUUUUUAAUAUCUUUUUAUCUUUAAGUUUCCUACAUUUUUUUGCUCAUCGAUUUUGUGAACAUCACUAGGUUUUUUUUCUAAUAAUAGAAUUAUUAGAAACGUCAAAUCGAGUUCUUUUUUUUCAAUUAUCUUAGAUGCAUCUUACAUUAUUUCGAAAAUUAAAGAUUAUAAAAUCGACGUUCAUAUAAAAUCGACAUUUCAUGUGCAGGGACCUAAUAUUAAAUCAAAAUUAGUGACACGAUAUUCUAGUAUCUCGUGGAGCAGCAGUAUCGCCGCGCUAAGUCCUAACGUUUGUUUAUCAAAAAACGACGACUGUUGUACUCACGAAAACAAAAUUCCAUUUUUUAUUAUAGAUAUCUGCGCUGUUUCGAGGCUGCCGGCAGCCUGUAGCUAACGAAAAAAGAAUUCCUCUCCGAUAAAUCGAUCGUAACUCCAUGUUGGUUCUGAACACUUAUUCUGUUAACUUUGAAUUCGACAAUACUAAUGGAAUCAUGCUUAUUUCGUCGUUUUUUUUUUUUUUUAAAGCUACGGUCGCGCAAGAGUGUUGAAAUAAAAUAUGGAUGGCGCAGUAAACAUUAGACUUUCAUCCUGGCAUAUAGCAUCGAAAUCGAUACAUGUGACUCUCGUGCGAUCAUAGCUUUAAUUGCACCGCGAGAUGACAUUUUGUAUUUUAUUCUUCGUUUGACUUUUUCUCUCUUUCUCUCUCUCUCUCUCUCUCUCUCUCUGUUUUAUUUUCUUAGCCCAACACUGAAGUGGUCCCUGCCCCUUGCCAUCGCCAUUCUCCCUCUCACAUUCGUUUUUAACUCACUGGAAGAAAUAAAAAACAAAAAAAAGUAGUAAAAGGGUAAUACGUUCAAAUCUCUCGUCUCGAGACUCUCACGUGAAUGAUAUAAUAACCGCCGUUUCCUUCGUUAAAUCAUAUUCCCGGGAGUAAUCGGAAUAGGAGAUAAGCUCCCCGCGAGGAAAAGGCGUUUUCUCUGUCUUGUACUGCCUCGAGUCAUCUGGUGUACAGCAGGCUGUAUUAUAAUAAAUUAUUGUGGUUUCUUGUAAUAUUAACAUUCCUAGAUCCUAUAGCGUGUACAGUGAUUCUAAUCGCAUUCGGGAUUAGAGAGGGGACCGAGAGAGGAGCCGUAACCGAAGUAAAAAGAAAGAAAAAAAAAAGAACGAAUGGAAAGACAGGAAAAGAAAAACAGAAAUAGGAUCUCACUAGUUUCUUCUUCUCUUCGUCAUUGAAUGACGCGAGAUGGGUAUACAUGUAAACGUAUGAAAAAUAUAACAUUAUAUGUUUAUAUGUGUACAUUUAUGCUCGUGUGUAUCUAUGUAUGAAUUUUUAGAGGCUUUCUUAUAAUUGGGACUGACACACUCGCACCCUUGAUAUAUACAUAUAUAUAUAUAUAUAUAUAUAUAUAUAAUAUAUAUAUAUAUAUAUAUAUAUAUAUAUAUAUAUAUAUAUAUAUAUAUAUGAUAUAUACAUAUUUGGCCCGAAAAAUUUGUCGUCACCUUUGUCAAAGAAACGUUUAAAGUCUCUCUUCGUCUCUCCCCCGCCUCCCGUUCCCUUUCCCUCCCCAACCCUAGAGCACAUUGUCUCGCAUUAUCGACGUAAAAUGAACAAAAAAAAAGAAUGGUAAAAUAUAGACAUGGAUUCUACGGACUGAUCAGCGGACCGAUGAGCGGAACGUGCGAAAAAAAAAAGUAAUCUGUUUUCUAGAGGGAGUUAGAGGACGCGGAUGACAAACGACUGUAAAAUAUCAAAUUGUAAUAUUUUAAUACUGAUUUGCAGAUGUGCAUAAUUUUAACAUAUAGCUGGUUAUAAAAGGGGGGAAAAAAAGUGAGCGGAUUGUGAACUGACACUGAUAUUGUGCGAGACACGGUAUCCGUUCGAUUGGAGAGAACAGUUGUGAACGAAUAAAAGGGGGGGGAUGAAAAACGAAAAAAAGGAAGGAAAAAAACAAGAACGGAAAAAAAGCGUAAAUAUUUCGAAAAGAGGAUCAUGACAUGAAUUUCCUGUGUUAUACUGCUAGGGGAAUUAUGAUAGUUACACGAGAAGAAAUGUUUGUUUUGUAUAUCUCUUAGGGAUAAAUAAACUUUUCAAAAAAUA